GCUCUUUAAAUGUGCCACCAUGAAAGGAUUUUUCUCUCUCGUUGUAAUGGUCUGUGUAUUAUUUAAUCGACAUUACCGUGUUUUGAGUUUUCCUCCUCAGAAUAUUCCAGGAGAAUACAAAUCAAAGUCGCAUCUUACAAUAAAUAUAUACGGGAUAUACCUUUCGACGUAUAAUUUUUUAUUGAGGCAUAAUCUUGUUAACAGUACAGGGCGAACACCGAGCGAAGCAUUAAAUGAGUUCUUUGGAAAAGACAGAGACUCUCAGACCCACUUCAUUCAGAAUAUUUUUGCCAUUACCAAUUAUCAAAACGAGAUUCAAAGAGAGUUGGCCGAUAAAGCAUAUUACCACGUUAAUGGGGAGCAGAUAUUCCUGGCUCAUAAUCACGUGCGGUCUUUAAGGAAAUCUUUGAUAGACCUUUCAAAAUCAGCAUCUACAGCAGACAUUGAAAUACUGAGGGAACGAAUAGGACAUUGUCUCUAUACAAUCCAGCAGUUCUACAGUAAUACUAACUGGGUAGAGCUAAAGGGUGACGCUAUUCUAAAGGAGUUCGGUAUAAAAGAAGUACUACCUGAGGUUGUAAAUGCUUUCUCAGAAGACACUUGUUACAACUGUCCUACAGAUUUGGAAAGCAUUCAAAAUGGAAUGUGCAUCAACAAUACCAUAACAACUAAAUUAACCAGUGGAUACAGAGCUGGACAAGAUGUAUCCAAACCGCUCAAAAGUGAAGGGCAGACAGGAAAAUGUAGUCACGGUUCGCAGGAUGACACAACCCGACUGAAGACAGCCACGGGUGGUAUUUAUAAGGGGAGAUCAGCCGCUGCACAUGCUCCUCACUUCCACUUGCACGAACAAGCUUUUGAGGCCGCCAAACAAGCCUCUGUUUAUUUUUUAUCAGAUGGAGAUGACGGCCUUUUCAACAUGCUAGGAAAUCACCUAUCCACAGAGAUAUUCCAGAUCAAAUCAAAUACUGGAAAUAAAGAAAUAAAAGACUAUUCAAUUGCUUUUAUCGUCGACGUUACUGGAUCAAUGGCUGACAAUAUAGACGGAGUAAAGAGAGGAACAACGUCAUUCGUGAACGCUAUAAAGACAUCAGAAAAUGUGCCAGAAAAAUAUAUUCUCGUAACAUUCAGUGAUCCAGUCGAUCUUGAAACAAGCCGAGUAACAGCUGAUGCAGACGAAAUGAUUGACUGGUUAAGCAAACUCUCUGUUAGUGGUGGAGCGGACUGUCCCGAAUACAGUCUGUCUGGUUUAUUAACAGGGGCAACUCUGUCUAAUAAAAACUCACCCGUUUACAUUUAUACGGACGCGCCUCCUAAAGACCCUGAAAAAGAAGCUGAGGUUAUAAAUAUUCUACUGGAAAAGAACAUAACAGCAAAAUUUCGUCUGCGCAAUGAAUGUGGUCGACGACGACGUGCAAUAGGUUUGAUUUUCUAG